AUGGGGCAGUCAGGGUCGAGUCCUCAAAAUGGUGCAGAUGUAGUGUACGCACCUCCAAAAGCGCUCCAUGUGCUACGAGUUACGCCAGGCUCUCCCGCCAGUCAGACGGACAUUGAACCUUACUUUGAUUUUGUGUUAGGUGUAGAAGGUGCGCCAGAGUCGCACGAGAGGAUGGUUGAUGCUGUGCAAUUAGAACGACUUGUAGAAACCCAUGAAGGGAAGGCGAUGAACCUAAUGGUCUGGUCUUCGAAAACAAAUAAUGUUCGUCAGGUUUUGGUUGUUCCUUCUCGUCUCUGGGUAUCGGAGUUCACAUCUUCCCUGGAUACAUCUCCUCACCCCCUUUCACCCUCUCAUUCCCGCAAUACAUCCUUAGAAAGUAUUUCUCGGAUCCGAAAACCUUCUCUUCUUGGCUUGACAAUGCGGUUGUGCGAACCAGAAUCUGCGCUCGACAACGUCUGGCAUAUUCUUGAAGUGAUGGAAGGCAGCCCAGCGGAGAGCGCCGGGCUUGUGCCUUAUGGAGAUUGGAUUGUUGGCUGGUCCGGAGGCGUUCUAAGAGGGGAGAAUGAUUUCCUUGAAGUCGUUGAGGCUCAUGUUGACAAACCUCUCCGGGUAUAUGUGUAUUCCUAUGACUUUGAUACUCUUCGUGAAGUCGUACUUGUCCCUAAUCGGAUGUGGGGCGGGGAAGGCUUACUGGGCUGUGGUGUGGGAUUUGGCCUUCUUCAUCGCAUUCCAAGACCCAAUCCAGAGCAGGGACCCGACACCUUGCAGGACCACUUCCAACAAAAUGACGCGCCGCUUUACGAUGAAGAAGCGGAACUGUUCGUCCCCGCUGACGAUAUCGUGGAUGACAAUCAUUCGGAUGGUCGACCAUUGCACUCAAGUGACCCGCACCGUCCAUUGCGUAUUGUCCCAACUCAGAAUGGUUUGUCGAGUCAGACGAUCAGUGGCCCCGAUGAAGCAACACCGAUACAUGCCCCAGUUCCAAUUCAACUGAUCCCCAAGCAACCGUUGUCUGUUUUCACUGCGGAUGAUAAUACGGACGAUUCGGCUGAUAACGGAGCCCCAACCCCUACACAGUCCUCUCCUAUCAGCCCGAAGGGCGAAGCACCCCAAACACUUUCCCGGACGCUUUCACCCCCUACCCGAAAUGCACACUUCAUUUCUAAUUCUUCCGCUUUGGGCAGUGGUUCCCCCAUACUACGUCAGUUCUCAAAUCCUGCGUUUGGUGCGAGCAGGUUUGGAUCGAUCCAAACUAGGAUUCCUUCGCCGGUUCCUCGCUCUAGUCUCCCUCGUAUGGCACAUGGGAUCGAUUCGGACGAGGAGGGAGAUGACAGGACUGCAUCGACGAGACAGAGAUCUAACGGGUCGGUAACCUCGGUUGAUGAUUAAUAAUUUCAAGGAUGGCAACGACAUUCAUAUUACAUAGGAGGUGCAGGACUAUAAUAACCCAGUGUGUUCAUUUAAGCUAUCUUGGACAUGAUAGUCAACCUUGUAAAUGGAACUUUUGAGAACUAUGAGCUUGAAUUGGC